AUGUGCGAUUGCUUUGAGCAUCUGAAGGAAUUGCAAGGACAAAAGGCACCGGAUUCUGACGAAACAGUGAAGGAAGCACGUAAUCGUGCUGCAACUAAUCACAGAGCAUCAGUAGCCGUAAGUUCUGAGAACGGUGCACUUGUUUCCGAUGUUGCUGAGAAAUCAGUUUUGAUGCCGUAUCAAAAUACGUGUGCCACUUCUUCAGCUGUCAAUGGUUGUCCAGCAAAAAGAAGUACCAGAAAAUCAGAUUCGGCCGAAAGUAUACGAAAUAUUUUGGAGGAUUUUUUAGCAAAUUCAUCAACCUCAGUUCUACCCGAUACAGAUCCGAUGAUGCCGGUUUUGUAUGAUUGUGCAUUUGGCAAUUCUCUGGCUACGGGCAUCGAUGAACUUUCGAGAUCACUAGCGAAAACUUCCGGCAGGUUGCCUUCAGAAAAAUUGCCUUUGAGCGAGCCGCCAUCAUCGUUGCUUACCUCUUCUUAUCCGCAUUUGCUGCAUCCAAAUUGC